ACCUUCUUGUCGAGACCAGCUGACAAACCGGAAGUGACUGACAUCCUGGAUUCAUGUGGGUCGUAUGAAAGCAGAAUUACAACAGCUUUAAUCAUUUUGCUCUCUCGCUGAGAUCAGGAUUGACCUGAAGGGAUUCAACAGCAGCACAGCGCCGAACACACCGACAGUUAUGGAUGGUUACGCACAGAGCGCACCUCUCUCCUCGUGGAAAGAGUGUUUUAUGUUGAAAUGGAUCCGCAUGUUGAUCCCUGUCGGCUUCAAGAGCGAAGUCCUCGAGUUGUCAAAACUGGCUGGACCGGUGAUUCUCUCCAACUUAUUGGAUUUUGCUGUGAGUUUUGUCAGCACUGUUUUCUGUGGUCAUCUUGGGAAGACGGAGCUGGCAGGAGUUACUUUAGCCAUUGCAGUCAUUAACGUCACAGGUAUAUCUAUUGGCUUUGGCUUGGCGUCAGCAUGUGAUACUCUGGUUUCUCAGACCUAUGGGAGUGGAAACCUCAUGAGAGUUGGAGUCAUUAUGCAGCGAGCGAUCCUCAUUUUGCUGCUGGCGUGUUUCCCCUGCUGGGCGAUCCUCGUCAACACAGAGCCCCUUCUGUUGGCUGUCAGACAAGAACCAGAUGUGGCCAAGAUGUCUCAGAUGUAUGUGAAGAUCUUCAUGCCAGCACUUCCUGCUGCAUUCAUGUAUUCAUUAGAAACAAGAUUUCUGCAAUGCCAGGGAAUCAUAUGGCCACAGAUAAUCUCAGGUGUUGUGGUGAAUCUUCUCAAUGCUCUCAUCAACUACAUUGUCAUCUACGUACUGCACAUGGGAGUGGCAGGUUCUGCUCUAGCUAACACCAUUUCUCACUUCGCCUUGGCUGGAUUUCUUUAUAUUUAUAUCAUGGUGAAAGGUCUUCAUAAGGCCACCUGGGGAGGCUGGUCUAAAGAGUGCCUCCAGGACUGGGGCUCAUACUACCGCUUGGCUAUCCCCGGUAUGGUCAUGCUGUGUGCCGAGUGGUGGAUGUAUGAGAUUGGAGGUUUUCUAGCAGGCCUAAUAAGUGAGGUGGAACUCGGAGCUCAAGCGGUUGUAUUCGAACUGUCAAAUAUUGCGUACAUGUUUCCUUUGGGUUUCAGUAUAGCAGGCAGUGUAAGAGUUGGAAACGCACUAGGAGCUGGAGACACACAGCAGGCCAAGCUGUCUGCUAAACUUUCAAUUUUCUGUGCAGUGUCGGUGUGUGUAUGUUUGUCGAUCCUUAUUGGGAGCCUGAAGGACCAUAUCGCUUAUGUCUUUACAUAUGAUGAAGAAAUCACCAAAAGGGUUGCUGAUGUCAUGUCCUUUUAUGCUCCGUUUAUCCUUUUGUAUGCAUCAAGUGCUUCCUCGGGUGGUGUUAUACGAGGAGCAGGUAAACAGAGAGUUGGAGCAAUUUGCUACUUUCUGGGAUAUUAUGGUGUUGGUCUUCCUCUUGGAGUGUCACUGAUGUUUGCAGUUAAAAUGGGAAUCAAGGGUCUGUGGACUGGUUUGUUCACCUGUGCUUCACUGCAAUGCGCAUUCCUGAUUUUCUAUCUGGUCAGACUGAACUGGAGGAAAGUUACAGUCGAGGCUCAGAUCAGAGCAGGAGUGCACAAGAGCACCACAGCUGAUGGUUCCCAGCCAGGUGAACGAGAGGACUCCGAGGGCCCGAUAGACACCUUAGACUUGGUUGACGAUGCUGAGGAACCCGACGUUAAAACAGCGACUGUACAACUCCCUUACAGGACCGUGAUUCUGCGUAGAGGCCUCGUUCUGGCUGCCAUGCUCUUCAUCUUGGCUGUCGGAAUCAUUUUAAACUUAAUAGUCUCUAACUUUGUUACAUGAACAUGAUUAGAGUCUGUUGUAAUCAGCAAAGUAGUUCCUUACACACCAGCGCUCAGUGCGAUGCAGGUGUUUGUGACGCAGCCGGAUGUCAAAGCAGGACGUAGAGAGGCACGAGAGCGGCUGAGCAGAAAGCGAAGAAAAUGAAAAAUGGUGAAAUGGUCCAUAACCAAUGAGUUAAUCUUUGAAGGAAAAAAUUCUACUCUUAAUCCACAAAUUUCUGUGAAUGUGUUCAGUUCGACUUCUGUCAAGUAGAACCGAGAGAGAGUUUGUCAACCUCAGUGUUUGAAACAUUAAACAGAAGUUCUGUGGUUA